GUGACACGAUGCCACGGGUGUGUGCGCUGGAAAUCUCAUACAGGAUGUAACUGACAAACAAGACCUUUAGUCCAGUUUGGCCACCCCAAACCGGUCUGCGUGUAGUCCUGCCUCCUGCUGGUGUGCCUGCCUCCGGUCCCUCCCUGGACGGUGUAUCCCCUCACCUCCCCCUACUCCUCAUCCUGCAGGAUCUCUCCGCCCGGCUGCUGUCUGCCUCCUGCCGCUGACAUGCCAUCCUUCUCCGUGCGUGUUGUGGGGCCAUGUUCCCGGACCAUUAAAGCAUGGGUGCAAUCACAGCAGGUAAGCAGCCGGCAGGCGCAUGCCCUGCGGGUCCUGAGUGGGCAAAUAGAGCGGCUUCCUCCUGCCGUCCGAGAAUUUGUGAUAAGAGGAGCCGAACUGUGUGGCCCCUCAAAUAUCCAUAUAUGUGAUGGCACCACCGCGGAAAAUGACACCAUCCUGACUGUAUUACAACAAGAGGGGAUGAUAAAGAAACUGCACAAGUAUCCAAACUGCUGGUUGGCUAGAACUGACCCAAAGGAUGUGGCUCGAGUUGAGAGUAAGACGGUUAUAGUAACUGCAAACAAGAGGGACACUGUUCCCAUUCCUGCAGAAGGAGCUAAGGGUCAACUGGGUAACUGGAUGUCCCCAGGAGAUUUUGAAAGAGCCAAGAAUGAUCGCUUUCCUGGUUGUAUGAAAGGUCGUACGAUGUAUGUAUUGCCAUUCAGUAUGGGUCCGGUUGGCUCUCCUCUGUCUAAAUAUGGGGUUCAGCUAACAGACUCCCCAUAUGUAGUUGCCAGCAUGCGUAUCAUGACUCGUAUGGGUACACCAGUCUUGGAUGCUCUGGGAGAUGGUGACUUUGUGAAAUGUCUACACUCCGUAGGGCAACCACUUCCACUAAAGGCCCCCCUGGUGAAUUCAUGGCCCUGCAACCCUGAAAAGACACUCAUUGCCCAUGUUCCUGAUAACCGUGAGAUUGUCUCUUUUGGCAGUGGAUACGGAGGAAACUCUCUCUUGGGAAAAAAAUGCUUUGCUCUGCGCAUAGCCUCCCGAAUUGCCAAGGAUGAGGGCUGGUUGGCUGAGCAUAUGCUGAUUUUGGGUAUCACAAACCCUGCUGGACGUAAGAGGUACAUCGCUGCUGCCUUCCCAAGUGCCUGUGGAAAAACAAAUCUUGCAAUGAUGCGGCCAUCGCUGCCUGGCUGGAAAGUACAGUGUGUGGGAGAUGACAUUGCCUGGAUGAAAUUUGAUAGUGAAGGACGUCUUCGGGCUAUUAACCCAGAAAAUGGCUUCUUUGGUGUGGCUCCUGGCACCUCUGUAAAAACAAAUCCCAAUGCCCUGCAUACGGUGGAGAAGAACACUAUUUUCACCAAUGUAGGAGAGACUAGUGAUGGAGGCGUGUACUGGGAAGGAUUGGAUCAAGAUCUUCCACCUGGGGUGACUGUCACAUCCUGGCUAGGAAAACCCUGGCAGAAAGGAGAUAAGGAGCCCUCCGCACACCCAAAUUCACGUUUCUGUGCUCCUGCUGCUCAGUGUCCUAUUAUGGAUGAGGCUUGGGAGUCACCAGAGGGUGUUCCAAUAGAUGCUAUUAUCUUUGGUGGUAGAAGACCUGAGGGUGUGCCUUUGGUCUAUGAAAGCUUCAACUGGAACCAUGGGGUGUUUGUUGGAGCUGCUAUGAGAUCUGAAGCUACCGCAGCUGCAGAGCACAAAGGCAAAAUUAUCAUGCAUGAUCCUUUUGCAAUGAGGCCUUUCUUCGGUUAUAACUUUGGCCAUUACCUUUCUCACUGGCUGAGCCUGCAAAACAGGCCUGGACUACGUCUUCCCAAAAUAUUCCAUGUCAACUGGUUCCGAAAAGAUGACAAAGGGCAGUUCUUAUGGCCAGGCUUUGGGGAGAAUUCCAGGGUACUAGACUGGAUCUUCCGUAGGACUGAAGGAGAGGAGAGUGCUCGACAGACACCUAUCGGCUAUCUUCCUGCUGAGGGGGCAUUGAAUCUAGAAGGCUUAGGUGGAGUUGACACAAACCAACUAUUUUCUCUCCCCAAAGGAUUUUGGGAAAAAGAAGUGCAAGAGGUAGGGAAAUACCUGACAGAGCAAGUGACUGAUGACUUGCCUUCACAAAUUAUGCAGGAGCUUAAUGGCCUGGAGAGCAGGGUAAAACAAAUGUAAAGAGAUACUACAGGGAACUGAACUGAAAAGCAAUAAAAAGGGAGAGGUACACUACUCGAGAUCUAUGGAGAAUAAGUGCCUUAUGUCACACUCAGGAAACCAUGUGGAGCACCAUAACUAUGAUGCAUAUAACGAACUAGAAACAUGGCCAAAGCGUGAGAAUAUAAAAAUAUUUUGCAUAUAUUAAGUCAAGACAUCCAGCCUAUACAGCAAAGAAAAACAUAGAUGAGUUACGGUUCGAUCCACCCCAAUCUGCCAAGUUCCAUUGGAGGUGACCUCAGGAAUUCUUUGUGUUUUAUUUUUUUAAAACUGUCCAUCUUUGUUUUUUUAUGCAAGUAAAAUAGUUUUUUCUUAUC